CUCUCCGCGCUACGUCUGAACCGCUGCGGCCGUCUCUGGUCGCUCGCGCAGCCGAUGCGACCGGCGACGGCGACGCUCUCCGCCGCACUCGCCGAGGCGAGAGUGCCCAUCGAGGCGCUCGAGCUGCACGCGUGCGGCGUCGUCGGCCGCGAAGCCGCGUCCGUCUGCGCUGCCCUGAUGCGCCACUCGUCGCGCCUCCUCGCCGUGCACAGCCUCCGCCGCCUCACGAUCGACGUGGACGGGCUCGAGGCGGACCGCGGCCUCGCCUCUGGCCUCGUGGCCCUCCUCCGCCGCGCGCACGGGCUAGAGCGGCUGCGGCUGCUCUCCGCCCGCGGCCGUGUGCCGCCGCCGCAGGAGCGCGGGUCGGGUGCCGACUCGGUGGCGGCCGCCUUCGCCCGCCUUGUGGGAGGCGAGCCGGCAGAGAGCCUGGCGUGCGCGUCGCUCGCCGCCCUCUCGGAUUGCGCGCCGCCCCUCGCGCUCCUCGACCUGUCCGGCCUCGACCUCUCCACGCCUGAGCCGUCCCUCUCGCUCCGUCUCAUGCGGCUCGCCCUCCUCCCGAGGCUCGCGCGCCUCAGUCUCGACGCUACUGGCAUCUCGUCCGACGCGCUCUGCACCUGCGUGUCGGCGCUGCUGCGCAAGCACCACGGCGCGGGCGGGCCGGAGGCAGCCGGGCCGCGCCUGCACCUCUCCAUCGCCCGCAACGGCUUGGGGCCGGUUGGCGGGCUCAAGCUCGCUGAGGCGCUCUCCGGCGGCGCCCCCCUCGCCAGCCUCGACGCGCGCGGCAACGGCUUCGGCGCGAGCGCCCUCGCCGCGCUCGUCACUGCCCUGACGGGUGUGCGCACCCUCGGCACCCUCUCCCUCGGCGCAAACCUUCGGCCCGCCCCUGCGUCCGCCCCGCCCGCGGCGGUGCGCCGGAGCGGCUCUUCGGCCUCGAGCGGCGCGGCGAGAGAGAGCGCGGGAGGGGCGAGCCGGGCAGCGGGAGGGAGCGGCGCCGGGCACAGCCAGACGUGGCCGUCGGAGGACACCGACGGAGAGCUGUGCCCUGCGCCCCGGCUGGCCACCUCACCCUCCGUCCGGGCGGCCGCGCGGCGGGAGGACGACGCGGCGGCGCUGCAGCAGCUUGCGGCCGCGGUGGCGGCCCUCCUCGCCAACCCCGCCUGCCUCCUGCGGCGGCUCGAGCUUGGCGGCGGCGGCGGCGACGGCUCGCCGGGCGGCGCGAGCGGAGGGGGCGGGGGGGCGGGAUACGGCGGGCUUCUCUCGGCGGUGCUCGUCGCCCUCGCCGCCAACACCUCCCUCACCGACGCCGACCUCUCCUGCCACCCCAGCGCGGCCGCAGAGCCGGCGGUGGAGUCUGCGCUCGUGGCGGUGCUGGUUGGCAACCGGAGCCUGCAGGCGCUCCAACUGCACGGCUGUGGCCUCCCGCUCGGCGCCGCGGCAUCUGCGGUCGGCGCGUGGGAGCGCUCCAACCUGACCCUGCAGCGGCUCCGCCUCUGGAGGAUCGAACCCGCGGCGCUGCCGGAGGCGGCCGCCGUCGCCGCGCUGCAGGCCGAGGGCGUGCCACCCGGGUUUGUCCCGUCGGCGCGCGCCCUCGCCACACGCGCCGUCGCCGUAGCGAGGCGGAACGCGCGCAUUAGCGAGGCCAUGGAGAGGGCUUUGGGAGAUUGAUAUAUGCAAAACCGCGUACAGUGUUUUCA